AUGUUGCCGAAACAUUUAUCUGGUAGUGAAAAAAGAAAGAAAAGAAAACAAAGAGAGGAGUUAGAAGAGUCACAAAGGGGAGCUCUUAAUAAAUACUUUAAGAAAAAAGUAGGAGAACCUUCGGAGCGGGUAAAUCUAGAUAAUCAGGGUCAAAAUAAUGAAAAUUCAAAUGAUUAUGCUACUAAUGUGAAUGAAAAUAAUGAGGAUAUUCCUAAUGUGGGUGAUCCUAAUCAUGUACCAAAUGAGUCUAGUGUUGAAGAUGUUGGGGUUGAUACACACUUUGUUCCUCCUUUGGAUAUUUAUGAUCCUAGAAAUUGGGGUGUUCUUGAUAACAAGUCUAGAGAUAUUUUAGUUGAGAAAGGACCUAUAAGAGAACUAAAUCUAAAAUUUCCCUUAGAUGGUAAGUCUAGGCAUUUUUCAUAUGCUUAUUUUUCUAGAAAAAUGAGUAAUGGAGAGAGUCGUGAUAGAAAAUGGUUGGUCUACUCUAAACACGUGGAUAAAGUAUAUUGUUUUUGUUGUAAAUUAUUCACAAAGCAAAAUAAAACGAGCUCUCUAGCAACUGAUGGAUUGAGUGAUUGGAAGCAUUUGAGUGAAAGACUUAAAGAACAUGAGAAUAGUGUUGAUCAUAUGACUAACAUGAAUGUUUGGACUGAAUUAAGAGUAAGAUUAAAGACUAAUCAAACGCUUGAUAAAGACUUGCAACAAGGAAUUUCAAAGGAGAAAGAACGAUGGAGACAAGUCUUAGUAAGAAUAAUUUCGGUAGUUAAAUGUCUUGCUAAAAAUAAUUUAGCUUUUCGAGGAUCGAAUGAGAAAAUUUAUGAGGAGAGUAAUGGCAACUUUUUGGGAUUAAUUGAAAUGAUUGCUGAAUUUGAUUUGCCAAUGCAAGACCAUCUUAGGCGUAUUCAGAACGAAGAAGUUCAUUAUCAUUAUCUUGGUCAUAAAAUUCAAAAUGAGUUAAUCUCUCUAUUGGCCCAUAGUAUUAGAACUUCUAUCAUAAGACUCAUUAAAGAGGCAAAAUAUGUCUCAAUUAUUCUUGAUUGUACCCCUGAUGUAAGUCACCAAGAACAAAUGACUCUGAUAGUACGAUGUGUUAAUAUGUCGAGUGACAAAAUAAAAAUAGAGGAGUACUUUUUAGAAUUCUUAAGGGUGGAUGAUACAUCCGGACUUGGGCUUUUUAAUGAAUUAGUAGAUGCAUUAAGGUCUCUUGAGCUUAAUAUUGAUGAUGUGAGGGGGCAAGGAUAUGAUAAUGGUUCUAAUAUGAAAGGAAAACAUCAAGGUGUCUAG